GUAGUGAAAUCAUGAGAUUUAGUACAAUAUUUGCAGUAAGUGGAAAAUACAGAAGAAAUUAAAAUAAUAUCUGCAGCCAACUUGUGCACAGACAAAUGCCUUUUACAAAGGCUGUCUUGAGGUCUCCCUUCUCUAAGUAAUAAGAACAAGAGAAGCAUGUGACAUACUUGAUGCUUUCAUAUAGCCCAAGUCUGAAAGAAUGAAUUUUAGCUUUCACUGAAAGCUAAAAAUGUUGAGGCUCAGCAAGCUCCUUGCAGAUGCAGUCCUACAGGCAAUCCAAGUUCCCAUACUUUUUUUCCUGGAAGAAGAUUAUAUGCCUUAUUUCAAAGAACACACAUCUCUCAAGGAAACUUCUGACUUUCCCAAGUCCUGUAUAACGUGGGAAAAUCUUUCUAACUAGGAAUAGGUCCCCUGGCUGGUAUCCACAGGUACUGCAAAAACUGGAAAAUGAGUUCCAUGUUUUUAAUUGUAUUGGGUCAGUUCAGCACAGAGACUAUCCUGCAGAGAAGGUGACAUAUGUGAAGCUCUGUGAACGUGACAAAAAAAUGAAGUAGGAUGUGAACAUAGAGCAGAUCUUUGGUUAGCUGCUGUUGAAGAUAAAUAAUGAUCAAAUAUGAAUGGUUCUGCAACGUAAUUCUUUGACAAUUUGUUUAAGGAGUUUUUCAUUUUCUACUUAAUUCAGAGGGAAGGUAACAUUUAGACCUUCACUUUUGUGGUUAAACAAGAUGUUCCAUGAGACUAGAGCUUUGUUGGGGGUUAGCACUGAUCCCAUUCCUCCACACGCUGCCCUGCUGAAGGAUCUCUGCCUUGCAACAUUCUUGUUAUUCCAGAACUGGGUUGGGCAUAAUAGAUGCAGGCAAUCAGCUCACUUCCCCACACACAGCUCCACCAGUAAAACUCACUUUACCAUGCAACACUCCUGUUUUUCCUGUGUCUUCAAAGCAAAGGCUAUCAAUUUGGUACUGACUGGAUCUGUCCUUACUCCUGACAAAAGCCAUGGUAACUUUCAUAGUGAUGCAAGAGGAAUGCGGUGCUGAUACAGAUGAAUGUUUGCUUGCGACUAGGAUGAAACACACUUGUCUUUGAAUUUCUGGGGUUUUGACUCUGGCAGUAGAGGUAACUGAUCUGUGUUCCAGUUCUGCUUUCGUUACAGCAAAUAAAAUACUGGAUGACUCUUCAGAUAGCAGUGAGAUUAGAGGCUAAUCUUUACAUGAUGUUGACUCCUGCACAGUUGUGCUUUUUGCAAAGAUAAAAGUUUCCAUUUAUUUAGAACACUACAGCUUUCCCUGUUGAUCACAGUUGUUUUAUUUAUAAUGAAAAUCUAUAGAGCAUUCACCACUGAUGCAAACAAGCAAACAAGCACAGGCCUACUGGCAGCAUCUCAGCUUACACCAGUCUUUGGAUUUGGGCCAUGUAAUUUUAUAGAAAAUCAAAUAAGUGUGUGACACAGUAAAAUCAUAUGUCAAAAUAAGGACUAUUCUUUCCUCUUUGUUUUCCUUUUUUUUUUUUUUUUUUUACAUGAAAUAAUACAUUUAAAAUACAACAAUGCUCUGGGCAAUGUACAAAACGAAAAAAAGACGAGUUUGGUGAAUGAGCAUAGCGCGAGGCUAUGAAUAUGGAUAUGUUUGUACUAGAGCCUAGAGGAGAUGCUUUUUAUGCGUGGUGAUACAGAACUACAUACUUGCAACUGUGCACGCUGCACACCAGGGAAAGAAUAUUCCCUUAAAACAAGGAGUUUCUCUAGUAGUGUUCCUUGUUGAUCAAAGCUGCAUAAUUUAAAGCAUCUAGAGGCAACUUUAAAUUAUUCACAAUACAUUUUUUGUAAAUGAUCUUGGCAUAUAGCAGACAGCUUCUGGGUUACCAGCAGUUUCCUGUAAGUUCUGUAAACUUCUGCAACCUUACAGAACUGGCGAGUUUUCUGAAAGGCACAUUCGAAAAGAGGGGAAGUCACUUUGCACAACAGUAGCCGAAGGGACCCAUUCUGCCACUUCGUGUUAGUCACAUCGCACCGCCACGCUGUGCAUGCAGGGCGACACGGAACGGCGGGGCACAGCCUCUCUGUCCCAGAGCCAGCGCUGCCGCGAGGUUCGCGACAGCCUCCCGAUACCCUCAACAGCCCCAAGCAGGAAUCCUGCAAUUAGCGCAUCUAACUCCUCCUUUACUGCAAGCUUCUCUCCCAUUGGUAAGAGGUCUUCCAGGCUCAUGUGCGGAUCCCACCCCUUUUGUGGGUUUUCAUUCUGAAGCUAUCCACAACUUUACACCUGAAUGAAUGCCAAGCCUCUCUGAAUAUAUAAAGGAAACCUUGAAGAGCAAUUUCAGAGUUACCGAGAAGCAGCAGAAGAAAAACAUUUCACCCGGCUCCGUCAGACAGAGACCGAACCAACCAUGCUUCUCCCCGCCAUUCACUUCUACGGCUUUCUCCUAGCUUGCGUCUUCACGAGAAGCUACUCGGCUUUCAAGAACGAUGCCACUGAGAUACUUUAUUCCCACGUCGUUAAACCUGCCUCUGCGAGCCCAAGCAGCAACAGCACGUUGAAUCAAGCCAGGAACGGAGGCAGGCACUACGCCGGUACGGGCUCCGACCGUAACAAUCGCGUUCAAGUCGGCUGCCGGGAACUGCGAUCCACCAAGUACAUUUCAGAUGGCCAGUGCACCAGCAUCAACCCCCUGAAGGAGCUGGUGUGUGCUGGUGAAUGUCUCCCUUUGCCGCUUCUGCCCAACUGGAUUGGAGGAGGUUAUGGAACCAAGUACUGGAGCAGACGGAGCUCGCAAGAGUGGAGAUGUGUCAAUGACAAAACUCGCACCCAGAGGAUCCAGCUUCAGUGCCAGGAUGGAAGUAUAAGAACCUACAAAAUAACUGUGGUCACAGCAUGCAAGUGCAAGCGAUACACCAGGCAGCACAAUGAGUCCAGCCACAACUUUGAGGGAACCUCUCAAGCAAAGCCUGUUCAGCAUCACAAAGAGAGAAAAAGAGCCAGUAAAUCCAGCAAACUUAGUACAAGUUAGAAGUCAGACGUUCUCUCCUCUCCUGCUCCUUCUGCCAAAACUGAACUCACCUGUAACCAUUUGCUUUACAGUUCUGACUGCCUAAAGACAAGUCUGCCAUUGCUUUGUUCUCAGAUGAUACUGCACGCUUAUUGUUUUGACCAAAAUCAAAAGGGGCGUUCUCAGCACGUGGACCUUUUUGGGUGAUUUUCCAAACGUUCAAGAUGGGAAGUAACACAAGCCUUCUAAACCCUCACUUCAAAGUUUUACAUUUCCUCCAGCCAUGGAGGCAAAGAAAAGUUGCCAUGAAUAUUCACAGAAGUCUGUUUUGUAAAAUGAUGCUUUGUUGUAUGUCUUCCCAAGAACAGCUAACUAUCACGCCUAUUGCCUUCUCUGUCAUGUUUUAUGAACUUCUGACAACAGCUUACAAAUGCAACACCAAGCAUCUGCUUUCAGAUUCAUUCUAAAAAAAAGAAUGCCUUGCAUGCUGAUCUUUCUCCUGUCUCAGUACACCAAAAAUUAAAAUAUGCAUGGCAGCAAUCAAAAAGUAAAGCCGAACAAACUAUUUAUUUGUUGUUGUAAUUAUUUAAUGAGCUUUUGUACGUGUCAUUUCCCUCCAAAAUGUUCUUAUGUUUAUAGCUUUUCUCAUGUAUCAAAGUAUUCUGCUAUGAUUUGUGGCUGGAUUAGAACGUACAUUUUGUAGAUAAUGUAAAAUAGAUGUUCUAGCAUUCUUGGUAUACAUAUUUUCAUUUUGAACAUUAAUAGACUUAGGUGUUAUUUUGAACUACCAAUUUAAAAAUUGUUUUUUUCAUUCUCCACUUUGUAUUAUUUUUGUUUAAAAGUGUGCAAUCAAAAGACAGAUAUGACUUCCUUUCAGAUCAUUGGUUUCUUUUUUUUUUGUACAAAAAUAAACACUGCUAAGAAACUGUAUUGUCUGUCUCUAUGUAUAAAAAUAUACGCAUUGUAAUCAGUCACAACACUUAAUCUUAAAAAGUGGGUGAACAAUCAUUAUUUAGUCCAAAAUAUCUCUCCAUGAGAUUUAACAUUGAAUAAUAUUUCUGCAGAUUCUUUCUAGAUGUAAAAAUCUUAUAUGAUGGCUUAACAGAUGGUGCUUAAUAACAGUCCAAGCUAGGUUCAUAUGAAACAAUUCUCAAGGUGUAUAUUGCAGAAGAAGCGUGUAUUUGGGAAGCUUUACAAGCCAGUAAAACAUCACUGUUUUCUUUACAAUAAAGAUGAUGAUCAAUACAAAAAAAAAGGUAAAAAUAGCAGCCCAUUUAAUCUUUCCAGUACAGCCAAUAUAGUCUUGAGCAUUAUCUACAGAUUAUUACAGGACAUGUUUGGAAAUUGAGACAACCUACCUCCCAGCACAAAGUCCAUGAAUCAUGUGUUAAUCUUUCAAAGUAUGUUGAGAUAAUAUGGAUAAGAUUUCAUCAAGGAACACUGUUGUUCCUAAAUUAUUAACUUUUAUACCCUAUUUGCACCCAAAGAUAAGACAAGAACAGAGUAAUAGAGAAGCCUUGCCUACUAAGGCGUCACACAAGCUCUCUUUAACCUCCUCUUCAUGUUCUCAUUCCAUUUCACAUUUUACUUUCAAAAGAUUCAUUGUGAAGUUCUCAGCUGAGAUGCUCCUUGGUUGUGUCAACAGAAACUGUUUGGAAACCAUUGCUACUGCUUGGUUUACUGAAUCCUAACUUUUAUUGACAAAAUUUAACGAUUUUUCCUCAAGAAUUCUCUAUAGGGAAGCCAGUAGAAGCCUUAUCCAUUCACAGUGAUUUAACUUCAAAGUGCCACCUGAGGUAGCUGUGGUCUUCAGGCAGGACUUUGGCCUUUUGCAUGGGAGAUAAACAGGAAAGCAGUGUCAGAAAGAGGUUGGUCUUGAUGAAUUUUCUUAAGGUAUUAAGAGGUGGCGCCUUGUCACUCAUCUCCUAUACAAUUUGCCUUCUAUUUCAUCCUGUUACAUAUGAAUUCACAUGGGUCUAUCCAAGGAUGCAGAAAAAAGGCAUUAUAUAAGAAUAUCCAACUAGUUUUUUCUAUGUGGAGAGUCUCCAACAUGUAAAGUUGUCAGUACUAUGUAGACCAUUGCUCUUGUGUCUACAGUAGAGAAUCUCGCCAGUUUCUCAAAGAUUCAAUGAGAAAAACAGUACUGUUUAAACCAAAAUAAUUAAGCAUAUGAUAUACCUUCUUAUGUUUGCAUCAGAGUUAAAAAGGAACGACAUGCUAGAUUUGUCUUAGUUUUCACCUAAAAUAUGAAGCCAAAUAGAUGCAAUAAGCAUGCAAAUAUUUUGAAAAGUACAUUGUAGAGGCAGAUCAGGUAGCUAGAAUUUGAACAGAUUAGAUCAUUAACUAGUCUAGAUUUAUUACAAUAAGAGUAUACAGAAGUUGACUUCUCCGAUAAUAUCCUAUCUGAUGAGAAGAGCACCAAAUCCAGGGGAUUCUUAAACAAGAAUUUCUUAAUAGUGAUUGUAACUUUAUCCUGCAAUGUAGAUUAAGCUCAUUCAUGUUACUGCCUCAUUUUCAACAAGGAAGCAAAUACGUGUGUCACCCUUCUUGGAAGAUGGACAACCAGUCUCAAAACAAAGGAAGAUAAUCUCCACUUCCACAAAAAGUGGAUUUUCUGCAAUUUAGCAUUUGAGAAAAUAAACAUUUUUUUAAAAUGUAUAUUUGAAGUUAAGCAUCUUAAAAAGAACCCAGUAGUUUUAUAAAUUCUCAUACCUGCUUUAGAAAACUAAAAGUGAAUACGUUAGAGAUAGUCUAUUAGCCUGCCAUCAUUAUUUCUUUACUUACCAUUUGCUGAAAUUGCCCCUAGCUAAGGGGUAAAUUGUUUUAUAAUGAAUAGAAAUCAAUUCUCUGUAGAUAUCACUAGAUACAAACUUGGCUGAUGCUGACUGUUUUGCUAGCAUGAUAGCACUCAGAAGCACCCUGUAAAGAGGCAGUGGUAGAUAGCAGGUGUCAUUAAGGCAUUAUUGAAUUGUGGAGGUCAGAAUGGCUUGGCAUUUGAAGUUCAAACUAGAAAAGCCCUUUGAGAAGUUUAUUCAUUCAGUUUUUUAGCAACAGUAACAAAUCUGUUGCUCUCUUCCUUCCAGCAACCUUGGAAUCAAAAACAUCCAGUGGAGUUCAGUUAAUUGCUUGGAAAUAAAGCAGACAUUUGAAUAACAUCCCCUUCAAAACACCUAACAGAUUUCUGCUAGUAAAUCACUGUAGUCCUCCUAACCCUGACCUUUAUAUCCUCCCUUUAGAAGUGUAGCACUUAUCAAGAAAGGACUGUUCAGCAUUCCACUGUGGGAAUCUUGUUGCAACAAUAUUAACCUGGAGGUGUUCACUGGAAAAUUAUAAGGAAUCCUUAGUGCUGGAAAGUGUCCUAUUCUCAUGAUGCAUUUCCUUUCCCUUAGGCCGGGCAAGGGGCUUUGAUUCUAAUUUUGUUGACAUACGUAUAAACACCGCUCCAGGCUAAAACUGAAUUUUCUCUAGAGAUUUAUGAGAUAAAUAGACAUUCUAUCACUGGAUUUGUUAAUUUUGCCUGAAUGUUCCCCUCACAAUAAAAAGCCUGGCCCUGCAUCUUUCUGAAAGGUAUCCAGACUUUCAUUUCGCUUGUCGUAUGAGUUAUGUGGAUUGACACACUAGAAAAGAGUGAUUUACAAGUGAUAUUGCCUACCAUUGAUUAACAUGCAAACAGCUACCCUCCUCAGUACUUCCAUGACAAGUAAAUACCUCUCUUUCUUAAUGGUCAAGCUAGAUGCCAUGAAAAUUAGUCUCUACUAAUUGCCUCCCUAAUGCAAUAAAACAAUAAAAGAGAAAUACAGAGGACUUCUUAAUAUAAAUGAAAAUCAGGACUGCUUACUCUGGCUGUUUGUGGAAUAUGGUACUUCAUGAACAUACAGGAAAAUUUAAUAAAUCAGAUCCCUGGAAAAGAGGUCUAAAUCAGAAUUUACAGUAAAAAUAAUGAAGUUCUGUUUAGUAAACCUCAAAGACAACAUAUGCUAUUGAGAAGUGAAAGUAAAUAAAAAAAUAAUAAGUCAUCUAAAAAUGUUUUGUUGAAUACUUUGUCAAUUUUUUGUCCCUUGCUUUGUUUAUAGUAGUCAAAAUUAAAAACUAAUGCAUCCAGGCAUUCCAAAAAGAGAUUGAAAAUAUUUAUAUAUCAAAAAGCAACUGUGCUGGUGUAAAUAUAGUUCAAAACAGCUAACGGUUUUAAUAGUGAGACAAUAAUAUGUUAUUUUUGACUACUCAGAGGAAAAUUCAUGCUCUGACUUGAUGUAGGACUUCCACAUUUGAUUUGUUUUGGUAGACUUGCUGAGAAGUUACUUAGCAGGGAAAUUGCAAAACAAAAAAACCCAAACAUAAUAAAAGCAGAGAGCAGCUGGUAAAAUCUGAUGCUUUGGUGAAGCAAAGAAGAGCUAACCAGUCACAUUCACUAAAGUUCUUUUAUAUAAAACAGAGGAGAGUUCAGGGAGGGAGCCUAAGAAGAAGAGGAAGUACAUGUCCAGCCCUAACACAUGAUCAGACUCUGAGAAAUGGUGGGAUUAUGCAAAGUUUUAAAACAGAUUCUGUAGCACAAAGACUGUUUUAAUUGCAGCUGAAGCAAGUUUAAACAUCUGUUGCCUGUUACAUCAUUAUUUUAUUUAUUUACUUACUUAUUUAUUCAUUUUUUUUUUGGAUGGGUUGAAGAAAGCUCUUCUAGAUUCCCUAUGGCCAUUAAACUGGGAUGAAGAACAGAGGUCUGACUAUUUCUAAAAUGUAAAGCUGUAAUUUUUUUUCCCCCACUGGAAAAGCCUGCUGAAACCUUUGCUUUUGUACAUCUUUAUUGCAAUUUUUGGGAUGGUAGCCAGAAUAGCUCAUAGCAGAGUGGAAUAGGUUGUAUUACUGCAGUGCAUCUUUUGUUUUCAGAUAUUGAAAUCUCUGAAUCUGAAGUACCUGAAUCUGGGUAUGUUUAGUUAUGUUUAUGUUAUGUUCUUAGAAAGCUGUAAGUCCGCCAUACAACAUAACUUCUUGUUGAAGAAUUUUGCUCAAAAUCCUGCUUACAACCUAUAUAAAAUCUGUCAGUAGAAGCACCCCCUCCCAGUGCUUCCCUCAUACAAUGAGAUUAAUCUGGUUUUCUGAAUGAGACUAUUAUGAAUAAAGUCAGUGAGUUUGUCAAUGGUUCACGGGCAGGUUCGGCCUGGUUCCAUGACGAAUGGGGCAGAGGACCCACGGGCCCAUGCCCCAGGAAAGGGAAAAGGGAAAAAAAGUAAGGAGAUGUGCCUAAGAACAAAACAGCGGCAACAG